UAAAAGAUAUAUGUAUAAGAGAUAGAACUCAUGAUUAAUUUAUCCUAUUGUUUGCUGACUCAUCAAAAUAAAAGAAAUUGAUAGCAAUUUUAAUUUCUGUCUCCAUCUCUCUCUAUUUAAUUGAACAUACCUCAUUUAUAACAGCAGUUCACAGCUGCAGAGCUACUGCUAAAACUAAAACUAAGUAGUAAGCACCAACAAUAUGGCGGUUGGUAAUUCCAUUGGUGUUCACGGUUUAGGAGACAUGAAGAGUCUCACUGUCCAAUUCAUCACCGGACGGUGGUUCGUCAUUUUUGCCUCCUUUCUUAUCAUGGCAGCAGCCGGAGCCACCUACAUGUUUGGUCUAUACUCCGGCGACAUAAAAACAACACUUGGCUAUGACCAAAGCACACUAAACCUCCUUAGUUUUUUCAAAGAUUUUGGUAGCAACGUUGGUGUCCUUGCAGGACUAGUCAACGAACUCUAUCCACCUUGGGUAGUUUUAACAAUAGGUGCUAUACUAAACUUUUUUGGUUACUUUAUGAUUUGGUUAUCAGUCACCAAAAAAAUAGCAAGACCAAAAGUUUGGCAAAUGUGUCUUUACAUUUGUAUAGGUGCUAAUUCUCAGUCUUUUGCAAACACUGGUUCACUUGUGACUUGUGUUAAGAAUUUCCCUGAAUCUCGCGGAGCGGUUUUGGGAAUUCUUAAAGGUUAUGUUGGUCUUAGUGGUGCAAUAAUCACACAGCUUUACUCUGCUAUUUACUAUGAUGACACAAAGGCUUUGAUUUUGUUUAUAGGUUGGCUUCCUGCUGCUAUUUCUUUUGCUUUUCUUCGAACCAUUCGUUAUAUGAAACCUGUUCGACAAGUUAAUGAGCUUAAGGUUUUUUAUAAUUUCUUGUAUGUUUCACUUGGCCUUGCUGGAUUCUUGUUGGUUAUGAUUAUAAUCCAGAAGAAGAGUAGUUUCACACAGGGUGAGUUUGGUUUAAGUGCUGCUGUCGUUGUUUUCUUGCUUUUUCUUCCACUUGUUGUUGUUUUCAUUGAAGAGAACAAGAUUUGGCAGAGUAAAAAACAUGCUUUGGUAGAUCCUUCACCAGUGAAAAUAGUAACAGAAGGUGAAACAGUAACUGAAACAGAAAAGGUCAACUCUGCUGUUUCAGUUUCAGCUCCAAAAAAAGAUCCAAAAUGGUGGGAAGAUGUGUUCAAUCCACCAGCAAGAGGUGAGGAUUAUACAAUACUUCAAGCACUUUUCAGCAUGGACAUGUUGAUACUAUUUGUGGCAUGUAUUUGUGGUGUUGGAGGAACUUUGACAGCAAUUGAUAAUCUUGGUCAGAUAGGAACAUCACUAAGAUAUCCAAAGAAAAGCAUAAGCACUUUUGUGUCUUUAGUAAGCAUUUGGAAUUAUCUAGGACGUGUUUUCUCAGGAUUUGUUUCUGAACAUUUUCUAACAAAGUACAGAUUUCCUCGUCCUCUUAUGCUUACUUUAACACUCUUUGUCUCAUGUGUUGGACACCUUCUGAUAGCAUUUGAUGUGCCAGAGGGUCUCUACGUAGCUUCAGUGAUUAUUGGAUUUUGUUUUGGUGCUCAAUGGCCAUUACUUUUUGCCAUUAUAUCAGAACUUUUUGGACUUAAAUAUUAUGCAACUUUGUAUAAUUUUGGAAGUGUAGCAAGUCCACUUGGAUUAUAUGUGCUUAAUGUGAAGAUCACUGGUCAUUUGUAUGACAAAGAGGCUAAGAAACAAUUGGAAGCACUUGGAAAGCAUAGAAUAGAAGGGCAUGAAUUGAAUUGUGUUGGUGUUGAUUGUUUCAAGUUAUCUUUCAUUAUUAUUACAGCUGCAACAUUUUUUGGUGCUGUUGUUUCACUUAUUUUGGUGUCUAGGACUAGAAAGUUUUACAAAGGUGACAUAUACAAGAGGUACAGAGAAGAAGCUGAAAUGGUGGAGGUAAAGAACGUGGGUAAGACAGAAGAAGAUGACAAAAUUGGUCAACGGCAGCAUGUGGUGACAACUUAGUUUUUAAGACAAGUGGAUAAGGAUGAUAUUAAUUAUAUAGAUCAUAGAUUCAUAAUUAAGUGUAAACAUGAAAUUUAAAAUGUUGUCAUACAUAUUAUACAGUAUAAUAUGUAACAUUAUGUGUGCUAAUUUUUCUUUCCCGUGAUGUAUAAUUUUCAUUUUUUUAUUUGAUUGCAUUGUUAUACUAUAGUUUAAUGCA